AUGUCUCCGGCUCCUGCUCCGACUCCGCAGCCGAACCUUGUCUUCAAGACCAGAUACCCGUCGGCUUGCAAGGAGUGUCGGAGGAGGAAGCAAAAGUGCUCCCUUACUCAGCCCUGUACCAACUGUGCCCGUCGGUUCCCGCAGCCCACCUGCGAAUACGGCGUCGAAAAGAACAAGAGAUCCCCGUACGCGCCGGCGUCGGAACCCAGGAACAAUGCGUCCGCCGCAGGUGGCCUCUAUUCCCAUCUUGACAUGGAAUCCGUCCGCGAUGCCCUCGUCGAGGUCGAAGGCCCGGCCGCCAUCGGCAAGCUUCCCGGCACUCCCCCGGUCCCCACCAGUUUCUCCGACGUUGUCUCGCCGCCGAGCCGAAGUGCGAGCCCGUACUUUCUCAUGCAGGGUCAAACCCCGGAUGCGGAGCGCAUGCUGAGGCUGCGCUUCAGGGACAAGGGGGGGGUGCUGGCCGGCCAGGACAUUAUCGAACUCUUGCAGUACAUCCUCAAGACUCGCCUCAAGGUGACCAACAGCAUCGUCAAGGAUGAGUGGUACAUUGACGGCGCUCACUUGCUGCGGGCGUCUCAGGCGGCAAGCCCGCCGGGGGUAUCGCUAGCUAGGUUUGACCACGAAAUCCGCCACCUGCCCAUGGCGCCCACACAGAUGAACAAGGAACUCGUUCGCACGCAUCUCCAACUCAUGAGCCGCUUCAAGGCGUCUCUCGACGGGAGCCCGCGCCCCAACAAUCGAUUUAUGAAGCACUGGAUCCCCUAUUCAAUCCAAGACCCGCUCGUCCUUCACGUCGUUCUCUGCUCCACGGCCAGCUUCCUCAACGAGACGGGGCGCGUCCCCAAGGCCAUGCUCUUCCUCCACCGCCAGACAGUCAUGCGGAUGCUCAAUGAUCAGCUCGCCAAUCCGCACCUGUGCACAAAUGACUCGGCAAUGCUGGCCGUCGCCCAGAUGAUCUUGACCUCGUGGUACUGGGGCAGCACUCAGGAGCUGCAUGCCCACAUGGCGGGCUUCAAGAGAAUGAUUCUACUGAGGGGAGGCAUUCAGAGCUUAGGCAUGGAGGGCUAUACGAGCAAGGUUGCCCUAAUCGACGACUUUGUCAUUGCUCUUGCUCACGAGACCGAGCCCUUGAUGUUUGGCGAGCCCGGCUUUGAUUUUGUUGACCCAUUUCCCGAGCCGCUACAGGUCAACUUCAACUCUCCUCUUCUCUUCAACUGCCCCCCUUUUCUCAGCCCCGCGUCCUCGUUGCGACUCCAUCCCCACACGGCUCAAAUCCUGGACAACAUGCGGACUCUGACCAAGGCUGUCGUGGAGCUGCCGGAUCAUCCCUCGGACGACCAACUGGACAGCCUGUACAGCACGGCCAUGUCGAUUCUCUCGGCCGUGACCCAUUUGCCCGCGGAUGUAUCACUAGACGUCAGCCCGGAGCCGCCCCGUUCCGAAGCCGCCACUGGUCCCGGAUGUACCACGUUUGGCUUGAAGAGAAAGCGACAAGGGGACGACACAAUGGCUCCUAGAAAGGCCGGCACGAGCGAGUUCGACGGACGCAUGGCAACGCUAGAGGACGCACCAGACUUGGUGCACCGCUGCGUGCGGAGGACGGCGCUUGUCUACUGCUACUCGAUUGUGCACCGAGUGCCUACCAGCAAAGUGUGCAGCGAGGCCGACUUUGCUCAGAUCUGGAGCUGCGCCUGGACGGUGGGCCUGGAUCGCUGGUCGUUGCUCAGCGGCAUCUUUGCCUGGAUGAUGAUUGCCAUUGUGGCCAGUUCUCACCAGUCGAUCCACGGGCGAAUGACCAAGACGCUCCUGGUCACGGCCUUCAUGUACAUUGGCACGGAGAACUGGCACGUUGCGGUUGACAUGGCCGAGGCCGCCCUGAAGCUUCAGCGUUGGCUUAGAGGCGGCAAGGCCGACGUGGAAGACGGAGUCAUCAGCGCCGCGUUUGGUGGCGAGCAGGUCAUUGAAAAGUACGGGUUUGCGUUCAAGGACUUCCGGGACACGCUGCCACCGGGCUUUCCCGACGCGUUGGAGGACGAAGCUGAAGGAGCCGACUAA